AGUCAGAAAAUUAUUUAUUUGUCAUUCCAAAAUCAUUAGAAAAAAUGGCAGCGGCGGUUGUUCAGCAGCCUAAUGUGAAUGAUUAUCUGUUGAAAAAGCAGAAGGAGAGUUCCAAGGAAUUAGCAACGGAAUGGGCUCAGCUCGAGGAACUGUACACCAAAAAGCUAUGGCAUCAAUUAACGCUCAAAUUGCUCGUCUUCGUGAAGAAUCCAACACUUCAGAAGGGCGAUCAGCUGAUUCAACUGUACAGCAACUUUAUUACAACAUUUGAGAGCAAAAUAAAUCCUCUUUCGCUCAUGGAAAUAGUUGCUAUAGUUAUUGAACAGUACAAAAACAAAACAGAAGCUGUUGAAUUUUUAACAAAAAUUGGGCCAAAGGUUAAGGCCAACUCAGAUGCAGAAAAUUUGUGCAAGGUAUUGGCUGGUCAAAUACAUUUGGAGAAGUUAAAUGAUUUGGAUGCUACCAAGAAAAUCAUUGAAGAAGUUGAAGCAACUUUAGAUAACGCUGAUGGAGUGACCCCUGUACAUGGUCGUUUUUACCACCUUGCUUCACAGUACUACAGAAUAAAGGGUGAUCAUGCACAGUACUACAGAACGGCAUUACGCUAUCUUGGCUGCAUCGAAGUAGAUACAUUAUCAGACGAAACGAAACACCAACAUGCAUUCUUCUUGGGCUUGGCUGCGCUUCUUGGUGAAGGUGUUUACAAUUUGGGAGAGCUCUUAGCUCAUCCGGUCUUGGAAUCAUUGAACACUACCGACAAUGCUUGGUUAGUACAAUUGCUGUACGCUUUCAAUUCCGGCGACAUUGUGAAAUUCGAUGCCAUGAAGAAGCAUUGGGGAGCGAUUGCCGAUCUGUCUGCAAAGGAAACCUUCCUUAGGCAGAAGAUCUCCUUGCUUUGUCUGAUGGAGAUGACGUUCAAGAGACCUUCGCACGAUCGUCAAUUAACCUUUGACGAAAUCUCCAAGGAAACGCAGCUGCCGUUAUGUGAAAUUGAACUGCUCAUCAUGAAAGCGCUUGCACAGGGCUUGGUUAAGGGUGCCAUCGACCAGGUCUCAAGUAACGUCAAUAUGACGUGGGUGCAGCCCCGUGUACUAGACCGCUCGCAAAUCUCAAAUAUGGUUGAAAGACUUAAUGAAUGGUGCAAACAUGUAUCUACCAUGGAGAACUUGCUGGAAGAGAAGGCUUCUGAAAUAUUAACAUUGUAAGAAAGAGAAAAAUUAAACUAACAGUUUGCAUUAUAACAAAAUAAA